CUCAUUUAGCGGAAGCCGUUAGUUUUCGCCUAAAUUACAAAAAUGACACCGAAUUUUUGUUGCCUUGUAUGAUUUAUUGGGUUGUCUUACAUAGUUGGGCUGGGUGUACAUACACGCGGAUGUAUAUGAUAUAGGAGCUGGCGAUUCACGGGGUUAUCAUUUUUUUUCUUUCUUUCUUUCUUUAUUUAUUUCUCUCUCUCCCUCUCUCCCCCUCCCUCCCUCCCUCCCUCUCUCUCUCUCCUGCAAUGGGAGUUUAGUUCUUCCACACGAGGAAGGUUACUGCAAUAUAUGAAUGCUUUCUCUACUCAAUUCCACCGCAAUGAGACGAUCAAUGACGAAGAGUGGCAGUAAACUAAGACUACUCUUUUGCAACUGUUAGAGAAGAUGGAUACACCAGUGGCGAUCCAUGCGCGAUAUGUUCCGUUAUUUAGGCUCCAUAUUCAGAAGGACGGUGAGCUAGAUGAAGAUGUAUCCCAUAUAAUCAAAAUAGGGUGGAUGAAGUGGAAGAGUGCGUUAGGAUUUCCAAUGCGAUCGAGGUAUGCCGACUAGACUGAAGGGUAAAUUUUAUAGGACAACAAUUAUGCAUGCAUUGUUGUAUGGCGUAGAGUGUUAGGCGGUGAAACAAUGUCACAUUCAAAAGACGAGUGGCAGAGAUGCGCAUGCUGCAUUGGAUGUGUGGGCAUACUAGGAAGGACCGCACGAGGAAUGAGACGAUUAGACAAAGGGUGGGAGUAGCACCUAUUAAAGACAAGAUGCGGGAGUCGCGCCUACGGCGGUUUGCUCAUGUGCGUAGACCGAGUGAUGCACCUGUCAGACGCGUUGAGAUGUGUGGAGAAGAGGCAGGGAAGAGAGGGAGAGAAAGGCCCAAACAGACGUGGGCUAGGGGAGUCCGAAGUGAUAUGCUUCUUCUUGGGUUGGAUGAGGGUAUGACUUUGGAGAGAGCAAAGUGGAGGGCGGGUAUUCGUGAGGAGGAGUGAUCUUGCAAAAAAAAUCAACCAUCCAUGAAAAUCCACAGCUGAGGUAGGACCAGUGAAGACCGAAGGGCAAACCCCCUCUGUGACGGCAUUGAAGGUCGAAAGAAACCUCUCCCCUUUCUCCUUGCGGCCCAUGGUUCUGAAACUACCUCUUGAUUCUAAAGCUUAUUGUUGGGGAGGAAAUAUACAGGAGGUCACCAUCCCAAGACUACUCCUAUACAAGCACGCUUAACUUGGAGUUCACUGAUGAGCUUCCUUAAAAGGAGAUGCACAUUGUUGAUUUGAGUGGUACUAUUAAUCCAUUUAAAUUAAAUUUCAAGUAUUACA